AUGAAUACUAGAACCGUAACCUCCGUUGGUGAACGUGCAAUUGGUGCUAUCGGAUCUGGUUUUGCACCAGAAUUGGGGGAGAGGUAUUCCCAACUCAAAGCAGAGAUCCUCAAACCAGAACACUACGAGGCUUUGGAAGAGUCUUGGAAAAGACUGCUCACAGAGCUUGAUAGCGAGAUAGAGGCAAUUGCUGCUGAAGGCUCUAAUUUUAUUCCCCAAGUUGAGUUCAAUGCCAUUGAAUCUAACAGCAACACCAUUCCUGACGAGUACAAAAAGCUGCUGAAAGAAAGAGGAUGUUUGAUAAUCCGAGGGGUUUACUCUCAAGAGCAGGCCCUCAAUUGGAAAAAGGACUUUGUUGAUUAUCUGAAGAGUCAUCCUGGCCUUACAGGCCAUCCAAAAGGAUCUCCAAGUAACUGGUUUGUUCACUGGUCAAGAACCCAGGUUGAGGCAAGGUCGCAUCCUCGAACUAUCCAGCUCAUGAAAGCCGUUGGUAAAGUAUACGAGAAUGACGACCCAGACGCUCUCGUUGAUAUGAGCUCGCAGGUGGUUUAUCCAGACAGACUAAGAGUUCGCCAGCCUGGAAAACAGGUGACACUGAACCUUCAUGUUGACUCAAGUUCAAUUGAAAGAUGGGAAGACCCAAGCUACAGAGAAGUCUACAAGGAGAUCUUCGAAGGUGAGUGGGAGAAAUGGGAUCCAUAUCAGAUUGCCAAACGUCCAGCUGGAGUCCAAGAUCUGUACAAUGGAGCCACCAAUAAUGGCUCUACAUGUAGCGUAUUUAGGGCAUUCCAAGGCUGGGUUGCCCUUUCGCAUUCCAAAUGUGGUGAGGGAACGAUCAGGUUUCUUCCAAACAUGAGGACAGCCAUUCCAUAUUUACUGUUACGGCCCUUCUUCUGGAAAGACGACGGAAAGUUGGAAUUUCAAUCCUCCAAAUUUCCAGGUGCAACACCUGGAUCAGGACAAUUACUUGCGCAUGAUCCUGGCCUUUUUCCACAUCUCAAACACGAUAAGAGCGUAGUUGGAAUUCCGUAUGUGAACCCUGGGGAUUUCGUCCUCUGGCAUGCAGAUCUGUUGCAUGAGGUUGAUAGAAAUCACGCUGGAAAUAUGGAUUCGUCGGUAUGCUUUAUAGCGCACACACCCCUAUGUCCAUACAAUAUCAACACGUUGAAAGAUAGUAACCGCAGUUUUUUGGACGGAUCGAAACCGGCAGACUUCGUCUACGAGCUGCAGUAUGGGCCAUGUGAGUCGUCUUUUGAAGAUAGAGGGCAGUCCAAAGAUGUUUUGAGUGUUGAUGGUAAAAGAGCUCUUGGAUUGGAGAAGUUUGACGUUGAUGAGCCUGGUUUGACUGCGGGUCAAAAAAAGAUUCGUGAAUUGGCGAAUGAAGCACUUUUUUCAAAGGAGUAA